AUGUUGGUUGGGCCGGCCAAAGUAUUUUACAUGGAUGGCAUUUCAACAGGUCUGGAUAGUUCUACCACUUACCAAAUUGUGAAGUUUAUGAAGCAGAUGGUUCAUAGUAUGGAUUCAACAAUGAUAAUCUCACUUCUGCAGCCUGCACCUGAAACUUUUGAUCUUUUUGACGACAUUAUUCUGCUAUCAGAGGGACAAAUUAUUUACCAAGGUCCACAAGAGAAUGUUCUUGAUUUCUUGGAGAGUGUCGGAUUCAAAUGCCCCAAAAGGAAGGGAGUUGCUGAUUUUCUACAAGAGGUCACUUCGAGGAAGGAUCAAAGGCAAUUUUGGUUCAAAAAGAACAAACGUUACCGAUUUAUUUCAGUUCCAAAGCUUGUGGAGCACUUCAAAUCUUUCCACAUUGGACAACAACUUUAUGAUGAACUUGGGAUUCCGUAUGACAAAACCAAAGCCCAUCAUUCUGCAUUGGUGACUAGGAAGUAUGGUAUUUCCAAUAUGGAGCUUUUAAAGGCAUCCUUGGCCAGAGAAUGGCUAUUGAUGAAACGCAAGUCCUUUCUCUACAUAUUCAAGACCACACAGAUUACAAUCAUGUCCAUAGUUACUUUCACAGUUUUCUUUAGAACUGAAAUGAAACAUGGCCGAUUGGAAGACGGAGGCAAAUAUUAUGGUGCACUAUUUUUUAGUCUCCUGAAUGUGAUGUUUAAUGGAACGGCUGAGAUUCCCCUUACUAUGUUUAGGCUUCCUGUAUUCUUUAAACAGAGGGAUGCCUUGUUUUAUCCUGCAUGGGCUUUUGCCAUUCCAAUUUGGCUGAUGAGGAUCCCCCUCUCCCUUAUAGAAUCAUCGAUAUGGAUUAUCUUCACAUAUUACACAAUUGGGUUUGCUCCUGCUGCUAGUAGAUUUUUUUGCCAAAUUUUGGCAUUUUUCGGUGUACAUCAAAUGGCUUUGUCUCUCUUCCGCUUCAUUUCGGCACUUGGUAGAACACUGACUAAUGCAAGCACACUUGCUACCUUUACGUUGCUAAUGUCUUUUGUCCUUGGUGGAUUCAUUGUUGCCAAAGAUGACAUAAAACCCUGGGUGAUAUGGGGUUACUACGUUUCUCCUAUGACGUAUGGACUGAAUGCCAUAGCCAUCAAUGAAUUUCUUGAUGAGAGAUGGAGCACUCCCAAUACAGAUCCAAGCUUUGCUGAACUUACAAUUGGAAAGGUUCUUCUCAAGUCCAGGGGAAUGUUCAUGGAUGACUAUAUGUAUUGGAUUUGUAUCAUUGCACUCUUUGGGUUUUCUCUUCUCUUCAAUGUUGGCUUCAUUGUAGCACUGACAUACUUGGAUCCUUUACGAGAUUCAAAAUCUGGUAUCCAAGAUGGGGACAAUAAAAUUAAAAAGAGUUCAACAACUACAGCUCCAUCAGUUAAAGGUUACCUACCCUUGCCUCUUAAGAAUUCCAAUUGGGUUUUCUAA